CUCAUUUUUCUAGUGCUCGACUCGUCCUCAAAGAUCCAAUCAGGCAUCCUGAUAGGGAACUUGGUCGACCUCGGCAUGUUCGACGAGUGCAUAUCCGUGGACAUGGCCAACGAGAAAAUCAGCAUCCGAGGCCGACAUUGCAUGUAUUCCCUGAUUUCAUCGAGCAAUUCAUCGGUACCGGUUCUUCCCACUUCGUCAAUUUGUUUGCCAUCGGCCUGUAGUGCCCAGGACCUUGCGCGGUUAUUAAAUGACACAAUAUCGGUGUCAAACCUCUUCAAGGACCUCGGGAUUUCUUCAGCCACUGCAACCUGCUCCAGAGUAGAUCCCCCACCAUGGUCUAUCUGGGAGAAGCUCACCCUCUCCUUUCUCUGCAUCAUGGUGUCCUUCAUGGUGUUUUGUACGGCUUGUGACAUCGUCCAGAGAUACAGGACCCGAGAUUUUCGUAAUCACGUACUGAGAGGGUUCAGCAAAUUCUCCAUGUACACCACUGGACUGAAGAUCAUGAACAUGAAGUCUGACCCUGAUUCGUUAACCAUUUUCGCGGGUAUUAGGAUUCUGAGCAUGUGCUGGAUCGUUCUCGGCCACGAAUAUGUCAUGGGGGUGUUAAAUGCAACUGAUAACCUCGUCGGCCUUAUGGAUUGGCUGAGUACUUGGAAUGCCUUGCACCUCUUGUUGGCCCCGUUUGCAGUGGACACGUUUUUCGUUAUCAGUGGAUUUUUGGGCUCCUAUCUGUUCCUUAAAAAACACUCCACGGGCGCCAGGUUUAACGUAUUUCAUUAUUACAUCCACCGUUACGUCAGGCUUACCCCUGCUGUUGCUGUGUUGAUAGCCAUAACCAUAUUCAUAGUUCCUCGACUAGGAUCUGGUGCUAAGUGGGAGCAAAUAGUGGACAUGCUCGUAGAACCAUGUAACCAGAAGUGGUGGACCAUUCUUCUGUAUGUGCAAAAUUUCGUUCAUCCAGAAAACACGUGCUUGAUCCAUACGUGGUACUUGGCGGUAGACAUGCAACUCUUUUGGGUUUCGCCGCUGAUUUUCUACCCUAUGGUAAAAAAGCCAAAACUCGGCCUAGCGAUCUGGGGCCUCUUCUUCGUAGCUUCCAUAAUCAUUCCCGCAGCCAUAAUCUCUGCGAACCGAUAUAUAUCUGUCAUUUACGAGUCCAACAUUGCGAUAAGUGUUUUUAUGGACUCCAUGACGCACGUCUAUAUCCCGUCUUACACAAGAGCUACACCAUGGCUUAUAGGAGUCCUCCUGGGAUACAUCAUGUUCUCGAAAAACUUUGAAUAUCGCCGGUUGUAUGCAGCUCUUGGUUGGUCAUUAGCGGUGGCGAGCUUCGUAAUUUGCGCCGUGGCUUACAGGACUUUCCAAAAUAAGGAUUACAAGUACGACAUCGUGUGGGAAACUACUUAUCCUGUGGCUUCCCGGACAUUAUGGGGUAUUGGCAUUGCGUGGAUCAUUUUUGCAUGUCUGCAGAAAAGCUCCGGUCCUGUGAGCAAGUUCCUGUCUCUUCCGAUAUUUAUUCCACUAAGUAGACUGUCCUAUUGUAUUUAUUUGGUGCACGUUAUCUUACAAUGUAUGCGAGUAGCCGCUCGAAGGACUCCCAUGUACUUUUCGAGAAGUCUGGUGUUUACCUCGUUCCUGAGUUCCCUGGUGAUGUCGAUCGUGAUCGGCCUCUUCUUCAGCAUGCUCUUCGAGUCCCCGGUGAUGAUCUUAGAGAAGAUGCUGACACGUCGAGUGAAAAGUGAUAAGGAUGAAUAUCGCAGGGACCUCGUUCGGUCGGACGACGAAGAGUCAGCCGCAAGGGACCCUCCACCUGCGGAAGAAUCAUAGAAUCCUCAUAGUUUUUAUCAAUCAACAAAGUCGAACGACUCGCGCAACUUUGCAAUGCAUUAUUUAAGAAAAAAAAAAAAA